UGGUGAUGGAGUCAUUGAUUUAAGGCAAUCUGGCUUUUAAUGUAUUUUUAAAUUAGGGAGCAAAAAUGAUAUUUAUCACCUUGAAACGUAGACCCCGAGUGUUGAUACAGGACUUAAAAGAUCACACGGAUUAGAAUCUAGAGAAGGCAGCUCCAUCUAAUCACUGCACUAUGCCAGAGCGUACAGACCAUCUUGCCACACCGCUCAAGCUCAGGAUUAUGGAACCUAGUUAAGAAUGGCCGUUAUGAAAAUGCUUCCUCUUGGAACUAAUUCUGCAUAGAGAAUCACCAACCCAGAACCAUGGAAGUCCAUGAAUUGUUCCGGUAUUUUCGAAUGCCAGAGCUGAUUGACAUUCGGCAGUACGUGCGCACCCUUCCAACCAACACCCUCAUGGGGUUCGGGGCUUUUGCAGCGCUCACCACCUUCUGGUAUGCCACCAGGCCUAAGGCCCUGAAGCCACCAUGUGACCUCUCCAUGCAGUCAGUGGAAAUAGCGGGUACCACUGAUGGUGUUCGAAGAUCAGCAGUCCUUGAAGAUGACAAGCUCUUGGUGUACUACUACGACGAUGUCAGAACCAUGUACGAUGGCUUCCAGAGGGGGAUUCAGGUGUCAAAUAAUGGUCCUUGUUUAGGUUCUCGGAAGCCAAACCAGCCCUAUGAGUGGAUUUCCUACAAAGAGGUGGCAGAACUGGCUGAGUGCAUAGGCUCCGGGCUGAUCCAGAAGGGGUUCAAGCCUUGCUCCGAGCAGUUCAUCGGCCUCUUCUCUCAAAACAGACCCGAGUGGGUAAUCGUCGAGCAAGGAUGCUUCUCUUACUCAAUGGUGAUUGUCCCACUCUAUGACACCCUUGGAGCUGACGCCAUCACCUACAUAGUGAACAAAGCUGAACUCUCUGUGAUUUUUGCUGACAAGCCAGAAAAAGCCAAACUCUUAUUAGAAGGUGUAGAAAACAAGUUAACGCCAUGCCUUAAAAUCAUAGUCAUCAUGGACUCCUACGGCAGUGAUCUGGUGGAACGAGGCAAGAAGUGUGGGGUGGAAAUCAUCAGCCUCAAAGCCCUGGAGGACCUUGGAAGAGUGAACAGAGUGAAGCCCAAGCCUCCAGAACCCGAAGAUCUUGCGAUAAUUUGUUUCACAAGUGGAACUACAGGCAACCCCAAAGGAGCAAUGAUCACUCACCAAAACAUUAUGAACGACUGCUCAGGUUUUAUAAAAGCAACUGAGAGUGCAUUCAUCACUUCCACAGAUGAUGUGCUGAUAUCUUUCUUGCCUCUCGCCCACAUGUUUGAGACCGUUGUAGAGUGUGUAAUGCUGUGUCAUGGAGCUAAGAUAGGAUUUUUCCAAGGAGAUAUCAGGCUGCUUAUGGACGACCUCAAGGUGCUUCAACCCACCAUCUUCCCUGUGGUUCCCAGGCUGCUGAACCGGAUGUUUGACAGAAUUUUUGGACAAGCAAACACUUCCUUGAAGCGAUGGCUGUUGGACUUUGCCUCCAAAAGGAAAGAGGCGGAGCUUCGCAGUGGCAUCGUCAGAAACAACAGCCUGUGGGAUAAACUCAUCUUCCACAAGAUACAGUCGAGCCUGGGUGGGAAAGUCCGGCUGAUGAUCACAGGAGCAGCCCCGGUGUCUGCCACAGUGCUGACGUUUCUGAGGACAGCGCUCGGCUGCCAGUUCUAUGAAGGCUAUGGACAGACCGAGUGCACUGCUGGUUGCUGCCUGAGCUUGCCUGGAGACUGGACGGCAGGCCAUGUUGGAGCCCCCAUGCCUUGCAAUUAUGUAAAGCUUGUGGAUGUGGAAGAAAUGAAUUACCUGGCAUCCAAGGGCGAGGGUGAGGUGUGUGUGAAAGGGGCAAAUGUGUUCAAAGGCUACUUGAAAGACCCAGCAAGAACAGCUGAAGCCCUGGAUAAAGAUGGCUGGUUACACACGGGGGACAUUGGAAAAUGGCUGCCAAAUGGCACCUUGAAGAUUAUCGACAGGAAAAAGCACAUAUUUAAACUAGCCCAAGGAGAAUACAUAGCACCAGAAAAGAUUGAAAAUAUCUACCUGCGGAGUGAAGCCGUGGCCCAGGUGUUUGUCCACGGAGAAAGCUUGCAGGCCUUUCUCAUCGCAGUUGUGGUACCCGACGUUGAGAGCCUGCCAUCCUGGGCACAGAAGAGAGGGUUGCAAGGGUCCUUCGAAGAACUCUGCAGGAACAAGGAUGUCAAUAAAGCUAUCCUGGACGACUUGGUGAAGCUUGGGAAGGAAGCUGGUCUGAAGCCAUUUGAACAGGUCAAAGGCAUUGCUGUGCACCCGGAAUUAUUUUCUAUUGACAACGGCCUUCUGACUCCAACACUGAAGGCGAAGAGGCCAGAGCUACGGAACUAUUUCAGGUCGCAGAUAGAUGAACUGUACACCACCAUCAAGAUCUAACAUGAGGAAGAAUACUUAGAAGAAAUGGCGCAUCUCCACAGUCCUCCUCGUACCAAUGGCCUUCGUGUUGGUAACUUUGCCUGCAGCGAGUGUGGGAAAGGAAAUGCCCUGCCGCCGGACUUGUCCACGGGGUCUUACCAUAGGGAUAGUCGAGGGCACGGAACACUGCCUUACUUACAGUCACCUGUGUUGCAGCCCAUGAUCCCGGGGACACACAAUUUCCAAAACGAGCCUUAAACAUUGUAAAGGGGAACCCAUAAAAGUGCUAAGUUAUUUAAGACUUCUUCAACCAAUAAGGUGGAUGUUACAAGUUCUGUCUCCUGUUUUUCUAACUGAGGGGUUAGGACUUAUUCUUUCUGAUAUGUCUGCUGCUUGCUGCGCGUUUUGCAGCUGUCUGCUGCUCUGAAGAGCACCGUACACUGGAGGAAAGCUGUCCCUUUAAGAACAACUGUCCAGGCUGAAGAAAGUCACAGUGGACCAGAGAUUUUCCUUUUGAACCCCUCCUCCCCUUGCCCCUUUCCCUCACCACCUCACAUACAGUACACUCACAUGACCUUUCUGAUUUGUAAGGGUUCCACACGGUCCCUGUUGCGCCUGCUGGCACAUGAGGUUUUCAGUAAACUAAAGAGCAGACCCUCUUCAGAACAUGUGGGUGUCGGCGGCUCACUCAAACGUUCUCAGACUCCUCUCCAAAUCUGAUUCCCUGCCACCACUUUGUCCCAGGGGUUAUAAGGAAUCCUGCCUUAGACUCUGCAAUGAAGAUGGUAUUUCAAAGAACUCCCUGGAGCGGCCAUGCUCAACUGUGACAUCUCCACCGCUCUCCACCUGCUCCCUCGUGGAUGCAGCCCAUGUUGGUAACGGCCACUGGGCUCCCUCGUGGAAGCAGCCCAUGUCGGUAACGGCCACUGGGCUCCAAACGUGGUUUUCCUGGCAAAUUAUAAUGUGGUGAUCAACUUGCUUUUUUUUUUCCCCUCCCAGUUAAACUCAGGCAAAGCAUGUCUUCAAAACUAUGUAGGGAGCUGAUAUACAUGGGUACUUAUUAAAAUGGACAGUAACAAGUAAAUAUCCUUAUUAUACAACUACCUGAUUUAUGUGAAAUGCAUUUGACAAGCCAAAAAUCUGGGAUGAAGAAAUCUGGGGGGGAUAAAAUCAUACCCUGGGAUUCACUUCCCAAGGUAUAUAUUUUUUUUAAGUUAAUUUGGGAAAUUAAGAGCAUUUCACUUUACUGCGAGUCUUUGCCACAUCCGACCUAUCCAAGCUGUUGUUUAUACAUUUGAAGCCACUGUUGUUGGCUGUGUGACAGUGCGUGUGUUAUUGAAGCACAACUGGGUUUGCACUAAAGAAUCAUCAUUGUAAUGACACUAUUUGGUAGCCUAACUUCAUACUCGUAUUCUUAAUUGCACAGGAAGUCGCUAAUUUGUCACAACGGGGUUUUGAAUGUUUGCUUUCAGUGUUGGCUAUUUCUAUGUUUUAUAAACCAAAACAGAAUUUCCAAAAACAAUGAAGGAAACCAAAAUAAAUAUUUCUGCAUUUGGA